UGUCAAAGAUUAGUACAUCUUUUGCUUUGUCAGCUAAACGGGAUAGAAUUGUCUGAUGCAAUACACGAUUUGAGUUAAUUAAAAAGGAGUUUAAAAGGAAUUUCCACCCACGUUGAAAAUACAAACAAUUAUUUGAAUUAAAAUUACAAUCAUGGACGCAGAAGACGGUUUUGAUCCAACAUUGUUAAUCAAAAAGAAAAAAAAGAAGAAGUUCGAUCUCGACGCCGCACUCGGUCUUGAUGAUGGCAGCAAAAAAGAGGAGCCGAAAGAAGAGGUGCCCCUUGAUAGUGGUGCAGCUGAUUUGGAGGAUAAUUUGGAUUUAGAAAGUUUUGGCAAGAAGAAGAAAAAGAAGAAGAAGAAUACUUUCGAUUUAGAUAAACUUGAAGGUGCUUUGCCAUCAACAAGAGAAGGUGAAGAUGAAAGUAAUGCUGCUGUACAGGAAGACGCAGGAAAUGACGAGAUCAAUCUAGAUAUGGACUUUUCAAUGGCGAGAAAGAAAAAGAAGUCUAAAAAGAAGGACUUGGAUGAAUUAUUCGCUGAUAAGGAUGAAGAAGAUAAAAGCGAGGAUAAAGAAAAUGCUGACGAUAACAGUUCAUCAUGGGCCGGCUCAGACCGUGAUUAUACAUAUGACGAAUUAUUGAAGCGCGUUUUCGAAAUAAUUCUCGAUAAAAACCCAGAUAUGGCAGCUGGUCGUAAACCGAAAUUUGUCAUGAGACCUCCACAAGUAUUGCGUGUCGGCACAAAGAAAACUUCAUUUGCAAACUUCAUGGAUAUUGCAAAAACACUUCAUCGUUUACCAAAACAUUUGUUGGACUUUUUACUAGCUGAGUUGGGUACCAGCGGCUCAAUGGACGGAAACCAACAGCUUAUUAUAAAAGGUCGUUUCCAACCCAAACAGAUAGAAAAUGUACUGCGUCGUUAUAUCAAAGAGUACGUGACCUGCCACACCUGCCGUUCUCCCGAAACUAUACUGCAAAAAGAUACAAGGUUGUUCUUCCUGCAAUGCGAAUCUUGUGGAUCUAGAUGUUCCGUAGCUAGCAUUAAAUCGGGUUUCCAAGCUGUUACUGGCAAACGUGCUGCAAUACGUGCGAAAACUACAUAAAAAUAUUUUUUUGUUUGCGCGACUUUAGGAAUUCUAUUGUUCUUUUUCUAGUGGAGAUUUAUUUAGAUGUAACAAAUUCGAUAUAUGACAAAGAACAAGGAAAAAAAUAGAACAAGUUGAAAUAAGCGAGGAUUAAUAUUUUUUAUUUAAAUUUUAAACAUACAAACCAUUAAAUAAUAAAAAUAGUAAACCGAUCAUUAAACCCAA